UUUACUUGAAAUCUUGUGAUUUUCCACUCGUGAUCAGCCGACAGUCGCGUGUGUGACAUAAUGUGUGCCAGAUCGGUGACGAUCUAACCUCAUCGGUCAAACCACGAUUUUCACGAUUUCCUCUCAUCGUAAUGAAGAAAAUAAACCAGCAGCAGGAAAAGAAGUAAUACACGAUUAACCAUUCGCAGGUCGAUGCGACAGGAUGGCGCUUGUUCUGCGACAACUCGCGCGGCGCGUGCACGGCGCCCACGUUCGCGCUGAAAAGAUUGUGUGGUGCAACUCCACUUGUAACUUCAGCAGAAUUAGCCUGAAUGCAAGUACAAAUAGGAUAAUUACUAGUUCUAGUACCUACAAUGAGUAUCCACUAAAUCUACAGGAUUCUAAGUUAUUUAUUACAAAGGAAAAUGUCACAGGGACAAUUAAAACUUCCGACUCAACGAGCGAUUCCUCAUCGCAGAAAAGCAGCAAAUCGUCACCAUCUCCCGAGCAAAUCGACUUCAUUUACAAGAAGCUGAGUGAAGCAUUACCAAAGUUAUUUAUUCAAUCAAUGGAUUAUAGCAUUUAUCACCCGGAUGUUAUUUUCGAAGAUAAUAUUCGUAACAAACGCACCGAGGGAUUAUAUGCGUAUGUCCAACAAGUAGCAAUGUUGCGAACAAUUGGACACUUGAAAUACGCGUACGUAAAAUUCGAAGUGUUGAAAAUUACCAAAAACCCCGAAGAUAAUUCAGUUAAAGUACGAUGGUCGAUCAAAGGCAUUUCAGGACUCAAAGUUAUGUUCCUAUUCUGGAAAUACAGACUCUGGAAGAUUAAGGAUCUCUUUGACAAAACAGAAAAUUGGUAUGAUGGUUUUUCAACAUUUUACAUCAACUGCGAUGGGCAAAUCGUCAAACACGUGGCUGAUAAGAUGAUGCCUGAUGGUGAUACAGUAACACAAUCGAAGCCAUCGCCUUUAGAUUCUGCUAAACUAGCGUUAAUUGUCGGAAUAAUCCCACGAUUCUCCGAAAUCACAUUCACUUGAUUCCAAACCAGUUACAAAACCAAACAAGACACACACAUAAAACACCAGUUGAUGAGUAGUUAGUAUUAUUUGCAGGCAGAUACCCCUCCAGGUCCAGAUUAAGUGGAUUGUGAGUAUUACAGGGAACCUUGUGAUUGGGUUUAACUUCACAUGUUGAAUCAGAGGAAAAUUUUGUUGUCUAUCGCUGAUUACUUAACUUUUGUUACAAUACUUUAGCCAUACUUUGAUAACUAGAGAAUAAUCACGUUGGCCGCUAUACUGCGUGUAUUUAUUGUUUUCUUUUUUGUAAUAAAUUGUUUUUAAAUGUU